AUGUAUUUAGAACAUAUUCAAAAUUAUGGUCUUUUACCAGAUUUAAAAUUAAGUGAACCACGUGUAUCUGGUGAAUCAAUUGAUCUUGCUGUUAAAUUAAUAAAAAGUUUUGAUGAUGAAGAUAGUAUAGCUGGAUGGGAUCAUACAAAACAUUUACCUAUUAAACGUGCAACGGUUUUUGUUUUUCUUCCGGGUUUACUUGAAAUUCAAAACGUUCAUAAAGCUCUUCGUUUUCCACGUGGAAAACCCGAUUCAGCAAAAUUUAAUUUAGAUGAUCUUGAUGAGUGUAAAAGAUUUAAUUAUAUUGUUAUUCCAUUACAUUCCGAUUUAUGUAUGGAUGAUCAAAUGAAUAUUUUUUCAUCGCCAAUAAGUACAUAUGGAAAGGUAUUUUAA